AUGUAAUACAUCAAUUGAUGUAACGGCGGCCAUGUUGCCCGAAAAUAAUACGGAGUUUCAAGGGUCAGUUCCCGCCCUGUGGACCGACAGUGGUAGACGUGAUAGAGGGUCAGAGAUCAGGUAGACUUGAAGUGGAUCAGGGAUCAGCGACGAUUAACCGAUUACGAAGAUCGUGACGAUCGUGAACAUCGUGGUUGCUCCGUAUGCGCUUCAACAGGCCGAAGCAAGUAUACACAACCGUACACAGGACAACAAUAUAAUGCCAGCGCGAUAUAUAGCGGUGGAUAGAUACUGAUAAAGGAAUGAUAAAGAGGAAGGUGGAAGACACCAUAUUUAUGUUGAAAUGAAUUUGUGCGUAGUUUUCAUGUUCAGUCUACUGUUAUGGAACGAAGGAUGCCAUAUGAAGAAAAUACCGAGGAUAGCUGUGGUUGGUGGAGGCAUUGGAGGAACAUCAGCCAGCUAUUUUCUUCGAGAACUCUUUGGCCCACAUGGUGCCUUCAUUGAUUUAUAUGAGGCAAACAAAAUUGGUGGAAGAUUAUCAGUCGUAGAAGUCGAUGGUCGUGACUAUGAAAUGGGUGGUUCAGUAAUUCAUCCACAGAACAAAUACAUGGUAGAUUUCCUGAAACUUUUAGGACUAAAGAAAAGGCAGACAAGAUAUUCUAGAUGUGGUUUAUACAAUGGUCAUGAGUUUGUAUUUACUGAGAGUGACUGGGAGAUAAUAACCCUUGCUAAGUUAGCCUGGAGAUAUGGCUAUAGCAUAAUAAAAUUGCAGAACUAUAUUGGUGACAUGCUGAAGAAAUUUGAAAGGAUUUAUACACUUCAAGCCAAUGGAAAAUCCUUCUCAUCAGUGUCAGACUUACUGAAAGCAAUGAGCCCUCAGUUUGUAGAUGAUAUGCAUGUAUCAACAAAAGAUGGUUUCAGAGAGAAUGGCUUUUCAGAAAGAAUAGUUGAUGAACUUGUUCUUGCAACACUUAGAGCCAAUUAUGGACAGUCAGCCACUGUUCAUAAGUUUGUUGGUUCAGUUUCUGUAGCAGGGGCUGAUGGAGGGCUUUGGGCAGUUCAUGGUGGAAACAUAAUUGUGCCGCAAAUGCUUCUGGAGAGAUCUCAGGCCACACUGAUAAAUGCUAGAGUAACAAAUAUAACCUUAAGACCAGAAACUGAAGAUUUUCUAGUAAACUCUGUGCAAGGCAAAGGUUUUACGUCAUCAUUAUAUGACAUGAUAAUUAUAGCAACGCCUCUCACUGAAAACACACAAGCAAGCAUAAGAUUUUUAAAUUUUCCAAAGAGCUUCACGUUUCCUGGUGUAUAUCAUAAAACAGUUAGUACCAUAGUCCAUGGAAAGCUAAAUGUCACCUAUUUUGGGUUUGAAAAUGAAAAGGAAGCUGUAGAUGAGAUCUUAACUGUAAAACAAGAUUUGGUAUUUAAUUCUGUAGGGAGAUUAAAUCCAGUAGAUUACACACCUAAUGAAGGAGUUUUUGAUGUAUGGAAAGUAUUUUCACAGAGGCCAUUAACAAAAGUAGAGUUGAAUGACUUGUUUUUGCAGCAGAAAGAUGUGCAUGUUGUUGAUUGGUUAGCUUAUCCACAUUAUCAUUCAGAACAAAGAACUGAUGAAUUCAUUCUACAUAAACAUUUAUUUUACAUUAAUGCUAUUGAAUGGGCAGCUAGUGCUAUGGAAAUGAGUGUUGUUGGUGCAAAAAAUGUAGCUUUGUUAUCUUACAAAACUUGGACUGGAAUAUCUGAAGCAAAAGAAACAGGAAAUAGGAAGGAAGAAUUGUGAGGAUUUCACAAUGGCAGGGAACUGAUCAGUAAAGUAUUUUUUCUGAGA